CUCCUUCCCGACAGCCCCCGCGCCAAGGGGCGCGCAGGCGCCGCGCUGCCGUUUCCGUUUCCGCCCCGACGUGCCGUCGCCGUUAGGGCCGUUGCCGUCAGGGCCGCCGACCGGGCCGGGGCCUACCGGGGUGGCGCCCUGCUGCGCCCGCUCCGGAAGCAGUUUGUCCGGCCGCGGGAGCACCGGCUUCAGUUUCUCACCGUUCUGGGAAGUAACAUAGGAAAGCCGGUGCAAGCGAAAUAAUUCAGUUCAGCUCCUGGCAAAGAUGUCGCUCUCCAAAAGGGAAUUGGAUGAGCUGAAACCAUGGAUCGAGAAGACAGUGAAGCGAGUCCUGGGGUUCUCGGAGCCCACCGUGGUCACGGCAGCGCUGAACUGCGUUGGGAAGGGCAUGGACAAAAAGAAAGCAGCCGACCACCUCAAACCCUUUCUCGAUGAUUCCACCCUGCGAUUUGUGGACAAGCUCUUUGAGGCGGUGGAGGAAGGCCGAAGCUCCAGGCACUCCAAAUCCAACAGCGACCGGAACCGGAAGCGAGAGCUGAAGGAUGUGUUUGGUGAUGACUCUGAGGUAUCCAAGGAAUCUUCCGGCGUCAAGAAGCGGCGCAUACCGCGAUUUGAGGAGGUUGAGGAUGAGCCUGAGGUCAUACCAGGACCCCCGUCAGAGAGCCCUGGGAUGCUGACCAAGCUACAGAUCAAACAGAUGAUGGAAGCAGCCACCCGGCAGAUCGAAGAGCGGAAAAAGCAGCUGAGUUUCAUCAGUCCUCCGACACCACAGCCAAAAAUUUCUUCUUCAUCCCAAUCGGAACGACUCCCCAUUGGCAACACCAUCCAGCCCUCCCAGGCAGCGACGUUCAUGAAUGAUGCCAUUGAGAAGGCCAGGAAAGCUGCGGAGCUGCAGGCCCGAAUCCAGGCUCAGCUGGCCUUGAAACCAGGGCUCAUCGGCAACGCCAACAUGGUGGGGCUGGCCAACCUGCACGCCAUGGGGAUCGCGCCGCCGAAAGUGGAGCUGAAGGAUCAGACAAAGCCUACGCCGCUGAUCUUGGAUGAGCAAGGCCGAACUGUUGAUGCGACUGGUAAAGAGAUUGAGUUGACUCACCGCAUGCCAACCCUAAAAGCAAACAUCAGAGCUGUGAAGAGAGAGCAGUUCAAACAGCAGCUUAAAGAAAAGCCCUCGGAAGAUAUGGAGUCGAACACUUACUUUGACCCCCGCGUCUCCAUAACCCCAGCCCAGCGUCAGAAACGCACCUUUAAGUUCCAUGAAAAAGGCAAAUUUGAGAAAAUUGCCCAGAGGUUGCGAACGAAGGCUCAACUAGAAAAACUGCAGGCAGAGAUCUCCCAAGCCGCCAGGAAGACAGGGAUACACACUUCCACCAAGUUGGCUCUUAUUACCCCAAAGAAGGAGCUGAAAGAGGGGGAGAUCCCAGAGAUAGAGUGGUGGGACUCCUACAUCAUCCCUAACGGCCUUGACUUAAAAGGUGGAACGUCUUCAAAGAGAGACGAGUACUUCGGGAUCACAAACCUCGUGGAGCACCCAGCACAGCUCAACCCCCCAGUGGACAGUGACAUGCCAGUGACCCUGGGCGUUUAUUUAACUAAGAAAGAGCAGAAGAAAUUACGGCGACAGACUCGGAGAGAAGCCCAGAAGGAGCUGCAAGAGAAAGUCAGACUGGGCCUGAUGCCACCACCGGAGCCCAAAGUAAGAAUUUCAAACCUGAUGCGAGUACUGGGAACGGAAGCUGUUCAGGACCCGACAAAAGUCGAAGCUCACGUUAGAGCGCAGAUGGCAAAGAGACAGAAAGCUCAUGAAGAAGCAAACGCUGCGAGAAAGCUCACAGCGGAACAGCGAAAAGCCAAGAAGGUGAAAAAGCUGAAGGAAGACGUUUCACAGGGAGUUCACAUAGCUGUGUACAGGGUCAGAAACUUGAGCAACCCAGCAAAAAAAUUCAAAAUCGAGGCAAACGCUGGCCAGCUGUACUUAACAGGCGUGGUGGUUUUACACAAAGACGUCAACGUGGUGGUGGUAGAAGGAGGCCCGAAAGCACAGAAGAAGUUCAAACGUCUUAUGCUUCAUCGAAUAAAAUGGGAUGAGCAAACAUCGAACACAAAGGGAGAGGAUGAUGAUGAGUCCGACGAGGAGUCUGUUAAGAAAACAAACAAAUGCUCUCUGGUUUGGGAGGGCACAGCGAAGGACCGCAGCUUCGGUGAAAUGAAAUUUAAGCAGUGCCCCACGGAGAACAUGGCACGGGAGCACUUUAAAAAGCACGGCGCCGAGCACUACUGGGACCUGGCGCUCAGCGAGUCGGUGCUGGAGUCCACGGACUGAGGCGAGGGGCCGCCGCCGCCCCCCGCCUCCCACCACCGCCCCUCCCGGACCUCGGACAGCCCCCUCCUCCUCCCGCUCUCCCGCAGCACACUGAUUAAAGACAUAUUUUUUA